AUGUGGCUCUUGAUUUUCUUAGUGUGGUUGGUUAUAGUGGCCGGUGGCAUAUACUGGUUCCUGUUUAGGAAACAGAGCCCUUUCUCCCUUGAGUCAGUGAGACCCCCUGGACCUCGGGAGUUUGAUCAGAAGAAGCGGGACAAAGUCAUCAAGCAAGGCUUCAGCCUUCACAAAGUGCCCCAGAACCUGGAUGUCAUUGUUAUUGGGAGUGGUAUUGGUGGGUUGACAGCUGCAGCAACACUGGCCAAAGCAGGGAAGAAAGUCCUGGUGCUGGAACAACAUUUCCAGGCAGGAGGCUGCUGCCACACCUUCAUAGAGAAAGGCUUUGAGUUUGAUGUUGGGCUUCACUACAUAGGUCAGGUUCAUGAGAACGGUCUGUUGCGUGUUGCUUUCGACCAGCUAACUGAGGGCCAGUUGGAGUUCCACAACCUAAAUCAACACUUUGACACCAUCUACAUUGGCGAGGGCGAUGAGAAACGAGAGUACACCAUCAAAUCGGGUAAAACUGAAAUGCAAGCCCAUCUGAUGAAGCAAUUCCCCGAUGACACAGAGGCCAUCAAGACAUUCUUCAAAAUCAUGAAGAUCUCAGCUAAUAAGGCCUCCUCCCUGGCAACUUUAAAGCUGAUGCCGCAGUGGCUGGCUUUACUCCUGCUGAAGUCAGGCAUUGCAAACCUCUUUUCCAGUGUCUACCGCCUCAGUGGCACAUGUGCAGCAGACUUUGUGAACACCCUGACCAGCAACAAGGAUCUCCAUGUCAUCUUUUCUUAUCUUUUCUAUGGCGUGCCUCCAAAGGACUCCAGUCUUGUGAUCAACGCCCUCCUGAUUCAUCAUUACAAACGAGGUGCCUACUUCCCGAAAGGUGGUGCCAGUGAGAUCCCCUUCCACAUCAUCCGCACCAUUCAGAAAUAUGGAGGAAACUGCCUGGUCAGAGCCUCCGUCUCCCAGAUCCUGGUUAAUAAGGAGGGAGCAGCUUAUGGUGUUAAAGUGAGGAAAGGUCAGGAGGAACUGGAGAUUCAUGCACCUGUGGUUGUUUCAAACUGUGGCGUCUUCACCACCUUCCAGAGACUUCUUCCCCCUGAGAUUCGAGUCAAGACAGAUAUUCAGGAAAGACUGAACAUAAUGAAACAUGGCAGAGGUUGUUUGUUGGUCUUCUCUGGCUUUGAUGGAACUGAUGAGGAGUUGGGCAUUAAGUCCACCAACAUCUGGCUGUUCAAAAACAAUGAUUUGGACAAAUCGAUGGAUGACUUCUUUGCAUUGAGCAAAGAGGAAGCACCAGAUAAUAUUCCAAUGAUGAUGAUCACAGUUCCAUCGUCCAAAGACCCUGAAGCCAAAAUAAGACACCCUGGAAAAGCUUGCAUGACAAUACUGAUAAUGGUCAAGUAUGAAUGGUUUGAGGAAUGGAAGGACACUACAGUGCGCAAAAGGGGUGAUGAAUACUAUAACUACAAAAUGAGAUUUGCCAAUAACCUCUUUGACUGGGCCUGUACUAUUUACCCUAAAAUCAGAGACAAGUUGGUUUUCCAGGAAGUGGCGACCCCACUGAGCAACAUGCACUACCUGGGUGCCCAGCGUGGAGCCAUGUACUCCUCUGAGCACAACCUAGACCGUUUCCAUGCUGAGACUGUGGCAAGGAACAGGUGCACCACCCCCGUCAAAAACCUCUACAUCUCAGGCCAAGACGUGUUCAGCUGUGGGAUAGCAGGCGCUCUGCAUGGUGGACUUCUCUGCGCCACUACAGUGUUAGGUCAAAUCAUCUACAUUGACUUGCUCCUCCUCAAGAUGAAGCUAAAAAGGAGGAAAGCCAAAGAGAUGUCCCAGCUGGCUAAGAAGUACUGCAGUGAGAGUGCUCUCUACUUACCCUGCAGGACAAUAGGGAAACUGCACAAACCUGGUGCAAAAGGACCGAUGCCUAUAGUGCAGUUUUCUGACAGUUACAAGGAACGGAUGUUAUGUCCUGGUUGUACUAAAAGGAAAUAAUACAGCUGUGAUGAACAUAAUUUUCAAAGUUGAAAACAUCAAAAAUAGUAAGAAAACAUAACAUUUGUUUUUUAUUUUCUGCACAGAAGCCAUCACACUAUCCUCAGUCAAGUCUGUCAACUAAAUUUAGUGUUAGUGUGAACAAAGACUAAAAUAUUUCCAGAAUUAUGUAUUCCUGGGGGAUCAUACAGUGAUCUAUACCAUUAUACUAGAUCUUAAGCAACUAGCAUAAUAAAGUACACAUUGCUUGUUCAAAGUCUGUAUUUUUGCAUCAUGUUUCCUCACAUUUCGCUGGUUACUAACCAUUCAUCUUAGAACUUCUUACAAGUUCUCAAUUUGUUUGCUUUUGAGUUUGUAGUCUGUGCUUAAAAUAGAAAUACAAGGUGCUAAAGAGUUAGCAUAGCUCGCAGCACUGCCAACAAUCUGACAAGGAAUUAUAAUGUAAUCAUAAUAAUCUAUUCUAGUUGGGAGGCUACAAAAUAAGACUAAUAUAUCUUAUUUACAAUAUUGCAGUAUUUGUGCAGAUAUGCUAGUGGCUGGGGAUGGUUGUGGGGGUUGCUGGUCACUGGGUCACUUUGAUUCUUCUUCUGUUUUCAAAGUUUUCCUGCUUUGCCUGAGAAAGUAACCACAAAGUGUUUCAUUGCUCAUAAUGCACAUUAUCCUGACUUGA